UGGUUAACGUUUCUCCCUUAGAUAGAUUUAUGUUAUAGAUGACUAACUAACUAUAAAAGUCGAAAACAAACUUAUCAAAGUUAUUAGUUAAUCGAAAGCAAGCUAUCUACAAGCAUCUUCAAAAGGCUUAAUAUCGUUUACACUUCUCUUCGAAUAUAAUUAUCAUUGAAAUAGCAUCGAAAUGAAGAUUUGUUUGUGUUUUUUGGGAAUUUUGGCUGCAGCUCAAGCCGGUUUCUUGGGUCUAUUCAACGGUGGCGAAAAUUAUGGCGGUGGCUAUAGCUCUAAUUACCAUUAUGACGAUCAUCAUCAUCAUGAUCACGGUAAUUAUGAGGAUGUAAAAAUUGUUAAAGUUAUCUCACACGACCACGAUGAAGGCUACGGUCAUGGUGGUUAUGGCGGCGGUUAUCAUUCCGGCGGACAUGGCGGAGACGUUAAAUAUGUUCAAGUUGUUCAUGAAGAUAGUCAUGGAUACGGUCAUGGCGGCUACGAAGGCGGUUAUGGUCAUGGUGGCUAUGAAGGCGGUUACGGUCAUGGUGGCGGUGAAGUGAAAAUUGUUAAAGUAAUUAGCCAUGGCGGCCAUGGUGGCGGCUAUGGUGGCGGCUAUGGUGGUGGCUACGGUGGUGGCUACGGCGGCGGCUAUGGUCACGGAGGUGGCUAUGGACAUGGCAGUGUUAAGGUUGUCAAAGUUAUAGGUCACAGCGGCGGUCAUGGAGGUGGCUAUGGCGGCGGUUAUGGUGGAGGUUACGGUGGCGGCUAUGGUGGUGGCUACGGUGGCGGUUAUGGUGGCGGUCAUGGUGGCGGCUAUGGAGGCGGUCACGGUCAUCAUGUUCAGGUGUUCAAAGUCCAAAGUCUAGGCAGCUACCACGGCCAUGGCGGCGGUUAUGGCGGUGGUUAUGGCGGCGGCUAUGGCGGUGGCUACGGUGGUGGUUAUGGUCAUGGCCAUGGUGGCAGUUAUGGCGGUAGCUAUGGACAUGGUGGUCACGUCCAAGUUGUUAAGGUACUUUCUGGCGGACACGGACAUGGAUGGUAG